UCCGAUCUUCCGUCACAUCAGCUCCGCAAUACUGGCAGGGGACAAACAGGAAAUUUUAACUAAAAGACAGCUGUAAGAGUGUUUGCUCCCUUUUAUUUGUAGGAAACAAGCGUAUUUCUGUAAUUCAACUGCCUGUAUUAAUUCUCCCACCUAUUUUGCCGCGGAGACGAUGCUUCAGUGCCUAUCUGGUAGUUCGUGUGUGCGUGUCAUAGAAGGUUACAGGUCUACGUGGUAUUUCUUGGUCCUGGUACUGGCGUAUGUGUUAUAUCUGUUAUUCGGGGCUUUGGUGUUUUCCGCGGUGGAGCUGCCGUAUGAAGAGCAGCUUCGGCAGGAGCUUCGGACCGUGAAGCAGCAGUUUCUAGAGGAUAAUGAAUGUCUGUCCGAAGAAAGACUGGAGGAGUUUCUCACCAGAGCUUUAGAAGCGAGUAAUUACGGUGUGUCGGUUCUCAAUAAUGCUACCACUAACUGGAACUGGGAUUUCACAUCAGCGCUCUUCUUCGCCAGCACUGUGCUUUCCACGACAGGAUAUGGCCACACCGUUCCUCUCUCGGAUGGUGGUAAGGCCUUCUGCAUCAUUUACUCAGUGGUGGGAAUCCCAUUCACCCUGCUGUUCCUGACUGCGGUGGUCCAGAGGAUCAUGGAGUUCAGUACCCGCAGGCCCGUGGAGUACCUACACCGGCGCUGGGGCAUGUCCAAACCUCUGCUGGCCACCCUGCACGCCACUCUUCUGGCUAUAAUAACCAUCUCCUGCUUCUUCCUCAUACCUGCCAUCAUCUUCUCAGUACUGGAAGAGGACUGGAAUUUCCUGGAGUCCUUCUAUUUCUGCUUCAUCUCUCUUAGUACUAUUGGCUUAGGUGACUAUGUACCAGGAGAAGGCUACCAUCAGAGGUUCAGAGAACUCUAUAAAUUGGGUAUUACAUUCUACUUGAUAUUGGGCUUGAUCGCGAUGUUGGUGGUUCUGGAAACCUUCUGUGAACUUCAGCACCUGAAGAAGCUCAGAAAGAUGUUCUACUUGAGGAAACAAAAAACAGAGGACCAGCUUAACAUUGUGGAUCAUGAUCACCUCUCAUUUGCCUCUGUGUCCGACCAGGCAGCCUCAUUUAGGGAAGAUAAGACAGAUAUGUUUCCUGAUGACAUAGUCUCCGCCUCACCUACUACCUCCAAUGGACCAAUGAGACAUACUGAAAUUCUGUGUCAAGAAACAACACGUUAAUGUUUCUGAAACAUCUCUGCUAAGAGCAUAAAUGUAUUGUUAGUGUACUCUGCUGUCAAGUUAACCGAAACCAACCAUAGAUACGAACACUUGAAACACAUGCUGAAGGUAAUUUAUUAUGGUAAAGGAUUAUAUGAAUUUGUAGAAUACAUAAUAUCAUAUGAGAUCAUUGUUCAUGCAGCUGCUGAACUGGAAAACAUGUUGUGACCAGGGUUUUGUGUGUGUUUGUGUGUGUAGGUAAAAGAUAAAUCCAUCCAUGACUCCGAAUAUAAAUAGUUAACUGGUAAGUGGUCAUAGACUAGUAUUACAUACUUCAUAUGCUGUUCUUGUUAGGUGACUUAAAGGGAUCCACAUCCUGUAUUACAGAUGUAUUAAUGGAAAUCAUGUCUUCAGGUUACUAAGUUUGUAGACAUUGCUUAAGGCAGGAAAACACUACAUGACUUUUAUACCAAUUUUUGCCCUGAUUUACAGUCUGGACAAGUCAACACUAUCAGUCUACUGAUUUUAGGCAGUCAGAGUUGACAGAUUUUGCAGAAAAUCAUAUAAUGUGUGUAUGAUGGGCACAGACUCAAUUUUUUUAGAUUCAGAUUAUGAUUCCAUCCAGUUGGAGAAUAUCAAACGUUUGAUAUUUAGAGCUGAUUUUAGAACACACAUUGUUUUCAUUUGUCAGUAAAAAAGGCACACACUUCUGUGUGAGUUUGUUGUGUUUUUAGAAAGACUUGAAAAUCUGGUGAUGUUUGAUCCAUAGACUUUUAGUCAUUUUAAAAGUUGUGUGGUGUAUUCCAGCCUUUACUCUAUUCAAGGUCUGCAAGUGUACGAUGCCUAGUGUUUUAAAAUCUGUUCAGAUUUUAAAAACCAUGUAGUGUAUUCCAGCCUUUAGUCAUGGCGCAUUGUUUUUUUGUUUUUUUCCCUUAGAUUUUUAGAAUAGACAGGGGCAGGUCCCUGGUGACAUUCUUUAAUUAAAUUGUAAAGGGAAUUUAAAAUAUAUAUUUUUAGUAGAGGCAUCAGACAAUCAGAUAUCUGUAUAUUUAAUUUCUUUACU